AUGGCGGGAGAACCGCACGUUUCAGGUGGGAUCAAGUUCCCUAUUCAAAGGCACUAUCUGGCCGGAUGCUCUAACACAGUGAAGGCUAUGUUCGACACCUUGGAAGCCGACAUUGUGGUCAUACAGGAAACCAAGAUUCAGCGGAAGGACUUGAGAGACGACAUGGUCCUCGUCCCUGGCUGGGAUGUGUACUUCAAUUUACCCACGUACAAGAAGGGCUACUCGGGAGUUGCAAUCUACACUCGUUCCUCGAAAUGCUGCCCGAUACGCGCCGAAGAAGGCAUUACUGGCGUUCUGUGUCCGCCGAACUCGUCCACAAAGUUUCGCGACUUACCUGCUGAUCAGCAGAUUGGUGGCUAUCCCACUCCCGGCCAACUCUCCAGCGACAUAGACGAAGCUCAACUUGACUCCGAAGGAAGGUGUGUCAUCUUGGAGUUCCCUGCCUUUGUUCUUAUCGGUGUAUACAGCCCGGCCACGCGAGACGAGACCAGGAUCGAGUUCCGUCAGGCCUUCAUCGACGCCAUGGAUGCCAGAGUUCGUAACCUUGUCUCCAUGGGGAAAGAGGUGUUCCUCUGCGGCGACCUCAACAUCAUCCGAAACGAGAUGGAUACCGCCGGUCUACCAGAACAGCUGAAAAAGGAGGCCAUGACACUCGACCAGUUCAUCUCGACCCCUUCGCGCCGGUUCUUGAACCAAAUUGUUUUCGGUGGCCGAGUGAUUGGUGAGCCAGACGAAGGGCGAGAGAAACCUGUGCUGUGGGAUCUCUGCAGAGAGUUCCAUCCAAAGCGUCCAGGCAUGUACACGUGCUGGGAAACGAGGAAGAACGCGAGGCCGGGAAACUUUGGUAGUCGGAUUGAUUAUGUUCUGUGUAGCUCCGGAAUCAAGGACUGGUUUGUCGACGCCAACAUCCAAGAAGGCCUGCUAGGAUCAGACCACUGCCCCGUCUAUGCCACCAUUAGCGACAGUGUCUCCAGAGAUGGUGUCAUCAUUCCAAUCACAGACAUAAUGAAUCCGGAAGGCAUGUUCAAGAAUGGCCAACGCCAACGUGAAUGGUCUCAGAAGGAUUGUCUGCCUACCUCCGCCAAGCUCAUUCCAGAGUUUGAUCGACGGCAGAGCAUCAAGGACAUGUUUUUCAAGAAGAAAACGCCGUCCAACACGCCCAAGUCAGCCACCCCAGCAGCCGACAGCCAAGAAAUUCCCGAUUCUCCCAACACAUCUUCCAUCACGGUGAAUGCCACUACUGUACUACAGGAGACCGCCAGCUUCGCAUCAUCGCCUAAGCAGUGGUUAUCUCAGUCAGCUGCAACCGAGCCAGCAUUGUCGCAAACAUCCCCCGUUCCAAAACGACGAGCUGAGCAGCCUGCGCCGUAUAUCAGGCCACCGAAGAAAGCCAAGGCUGCCCUCGCCAAGCAGCCAUCCUCGAAAACUGGGCCAGGCCCAUCGCAAAGUACACUCAUGGGCUUUUUCAAAGCGAAGACUCCAACUCCUACCGUCAACCCAGACGAACGACAUGGGCCAAUAAAUGGAAACAACCACUCUCCCGCAACGACAGCCGAAACAGCAUUGCGAAACGAACCAUUUACAGCGAAAGGAAGCCAACCAAAGCAAUCCUUCGAAGUCGACAAUUUCGAAGAACGGGACGAACACGCUGUCGAACACAAGACCAACCCGACACCAUAUGGAGAAAACAGCACUGUCAUGGAGGACGAAGGCAAAGGAAAAACAAUCUUCGACCCCAUCCAGAACAGAGAGUCAUGGUCUAAGCUGCUGGGUAAGAGGGUCGUUCCGAAGUGUGAGCACGGCGAGGAUUGCCAGAGCUUAGUGACCAAGAAGCCGGGGAUCAACUGUGGCAGAUCCUUCUACAUGUGUGCUCGACCCCUCGGGCCGUCUGGCAACAAGGAGACGGGCACGGAGUUCCGAUGCAAGACGUUCAUAUGGAGCAGUGACUGGAGUGGGCGGCAGUAGGUGGUCUUGGCUUGUAUUGGAUAACAUUGCAAUGGCAAGGCGAUCUUGGGUGAGAUGCUUUCGUCGGCUGAGGCGGCGCAAACCUUCUUCCCGCCCGAAGUAACAGAAGGGAGGCUACUAUUGACAUGGCAGAGGCGCCCGUGGUCAAGAGAGGACGCAUUAAUGGGGGAAAUUGCGGUGGAGGCGAUGCAAAUGAUGAUAAUGAGGGAUACACCAAGCUUCAGUCUUUGAUUCUGCUGGUGAUUUAUUGCGCUUGUAUAUUUCGUGAUAACACAUAAUCGAAUCAUCCC